AUGUCGGGGUUGUUUGCAUCUCUGUCCGUGGGAAGGGCAUGGGAGAAGCUUUCCUCCUUCAUGCGGGUGUUUACAACAUCCUCACUGGUGCCCUCGUCAUCCACAGCAAGCCACGACGAUGAUCUGGAGGAGCUGCGGAAGCUGGAGAGAACCAUGUAUAGGAUCCGAGCAAUGUUGGACGAUGCUGAGGAGCACUGGAACAUACGUGAGGAGUCUGCCAAGCUGCGGCUCAAGGAGCUCAAGGAGCUCGCGUACGACAUCGAGGAUGUUGUAGACGAAUAUGAGUAUGAGGUCCUCCAUCGAUCUACUGGCUUGUACAGAACCGGCAAGCGCAAGCACCAGGAGGAAACUGAGGCCUAUCCGGUGGAUACUGGUUUGGUGGAAGUUCCUAAUGACUUGGUUCUUCAAGCAAGAAAACUAAUCAGGAGGUUGGAUGAUAUCAAAUAUUACUCUGACCAUUUGAGUUUAUCAGAGAAUGAUGGAGAGAGACGGUAUACGCCGGAUAUUAGUAGUGUACGACAUACUAGCUCUGUUGUAUUUGAAAAGAGCAUUUUGGGGCGAGACCAGGACAAAGAGAAGAUAAUUGAUAAGUUAUUGUCUAGUGAAGUGGGAAAUGCAGGAAAUCAUGUUUCUGUCAUGGCUGUUGUUGGCAUGGGAGGACUAGGCAAGACAACACUAGCACAACUUGUGUAUAACAGCCCAAGGGUGAGGCAGUCCUUUGAGAAGCAUGCCUGGGUUUGUGUGUCUGAAAACUUUGAUAUCAAAACAAUGACAAGGAACAUCAUUACUUCCCUAACAAGUGUGCAGUGUAUGUAUACAGAACUUGCUGAUCUUCAGAGGAAAUUAGCAAAAGAAAUGAAUGAGAGGAGGGUUUUCCUUGUGUUGGAUGAUGUAUGGAAUGAGCGAAGAGACUGCUGGGAGAUGUUUUGUGCUCCUAUGACAGCUGCAAAGAUUUGCCAGAUCAUAGUUACCACUCGGAGUGAGGUAGUGGCAAGGCUGAUACAGACUAUACCCUUUUAUCCCCUAAAUUGUUUAAGUUUUGAUGAGAGCUGGUUGUUGUUCAGCAAAGCUGCCUGUAUUGGUGAGCAAGAGUCUGACAGCCAAACAAACCGAAUAAAUAUUUGUAAGAGUAUUGUUAAAAAGUGCAAAGGCUUGCCACUGGCAAUCAAGACACUAGGAAGCAUGUUGCGCUAUGAAACUGAAGAAAGCAGAUGGGAGGAUGUCUUAGAGAGUAAAUUAUGGGACUUAAAAGAACCGAGGGACGAGGUUCUGCCAGCACUGGAAUUGAGCUACAAGCACAUGCCCACAUACCUAAGACGAAGUUUUCUUGCCCUUUCUCUAUUUCCCAAAGAUUAUGAACUUGUUUCUGAAGAAGUGUGCCAUUUGUGGAAAUUACUUGACUUGCUUGAUUCUGAUAGAAGUGAUGAUGAGUGCGAAAUUGGACGAUGGUAUUUGAAGGAAUUGGUUGGAAGGUCAAUACUUCAGCCUCAUCCUAUUUAUGGUGAUUCAUACCUUUUGCAUGAUCUUGUCCACGAUCUUGCAUGCUUUUUUGCUGGGGAAGAAUUCCAUAGAGUUGAAGGAGAUACCUUGAGUCAAAUUCCACAAAAUGUUCGGUAUCUGUCCAUAAAUAAAGCUAUUACAUCAGCUGACAUUUCAGUUUUUCCACAUACUCUGAGAGCCAUCAGAGUGUUUGAACAUUGUACCAAUAUCAGUCCAAAUGCAGUUCCAGAAGCAUUAUUUUCAAAAUGUAAGAAGUUGCGAGCUCUUGACAUAAGCCAUAGCAUGGGCCUUGGCAUGGCACUGCAUGAUGGCGUGGGGAACCUGAAACUGCUACACCAUUUGUUUGUACAAAUUGAUCGACUUGUGGGAAAAUCUACUUCUCAUCAUGUACAGAAUCUAGUACUCAGUGGAAUUAGGCACCUAACUCGUCUGCAUACUUUGCCUGGUAUACAUAUUAGCAGACGUCAUUGUAGCUUGAACAUAAGAGACCUGAGGAACAUCAACAGAGUAAGAGAGCUGAGUAUUUGUGGAUUGAGUAACAUUCGCCAUGUCGAAGAUGCAACUGAAGCCCAGCUGCAGAGGAAAAAGCACCUCCGAUCACUAAAGUUGAGCUUUAAUGGAGGAGAGGGUCAGUGUCCAUGUAGAUUGCAUGAAAAACAUGUGAACAUACCACACAACCAACUACUAGACAGCUUGCGACCGCAUCACAACCUAAGGGAACUGAGUAUACACCGUUACGAUUCUGGAAAAUACCCUAGUUGGCUAGGAAAUACUUCAUUCUCCAUGUUGAGCAGAAUAGCAAUAUGCCAUGGUGAAUCCAAACACCUCCCAAAACUUGGUGCCUUGCCUUCCCUUAAGUACCUCACUGUCAACGAUAUGAAAUAUAUGACGGAGUGGUCAGAAUGGCCUGGAACUGAUGCUGGAGGUUUUCCGUGCCUAAAUACACUUUCGAUAUCAUUUUGUCCGAAAAUGAUCUCCCUUCCAUUGGGGCCAUUCCAAUCUUUGAUAACUUUGAAUCUAAGGUGGUGUGAUAGCUUGGCUAGGUUACCUGAAUCCCCUUCUCUUCGUAAACUAGAGAUCGGAUAUUGUCCUGCCCUAACAGAAAUUCCUACUCUUCCAUCCCUUUUGGUACUAAUUGUUAAGGUAUGUUCUGGUCUACGCAAACUUCCUACUCUCCCAUCACUUCUGGAAUUGGACAUAUUCGAUUGUCCAAGUCUUAUUUCCAUUGGUUCUGAUUUUCCAAGCCCUGUUGUGAGUUCUGUCUGUUGCUUCCCCAAACUAACGACCUUGAAUCUAGAGCAGUGUCGAAAUCUUUGUGCAGUCGGCUCUGUUCCUGCACUCACCACCUUGAAUCUCAAGUCUGGACUGAGUGAUAAGUUAAUGUACAGCCCAUUGAAUGACUUCCCAUCGUUGCAGUGCUUAAAUAUUGAUGAUUCAGAGUUUACAUGCAUACCAAUUAAACAACAAAGUCUGCCCUCAGUUACAAGGCUCUGCAUAAAUAAGUGCCCUAAUCUCCAGUACUGUGAUGGGCUUGCUAGUCUUACUUCCCUUGAGCAUCUCGAGGUUGGGGAGUGCCCAAAGCUCCCCAUAGAUGAUCUGCUUCCACCACAACUGAAGACUCCUACCGUUGAAGAUAAUGAACAUGGUAUGUAA